AUGGUUGGAAGAUUGAGUGGUGCAAGAACAACAACACCAGCUGCUGCUGCAGCAGCAACAACCGGGCCAUUGGGGCCAGCAGUGGGCGCGGGGCCAGCAGUGCCGGCCAUAUACGUGUUCGGUGACUCAACAGCAGACGUUGGCACAAACAACUACUUGCGCCGCUGUGGAGCCAAAGCCAACUUUGCCCAUUUUGGUAUUGAUUAUCCUGGCUCCAAACCAACUGGUAGAUUCAGCAAUGGUUACAAUUCUGUAGAUUUCCUUGCCCAGUUCCUUGGUUUCAAAGAAAGCCCACCUCCUUAUUUGUAUUUUAUUAAUAAUGAUAAGAGAAACUUUGCCAGAAAUGUUCUCAAUGGCACCAACUUUGCCUCUGGAGGGUCUGGCCUUCUUGACAUCACUGGAAAUAAACCUUAUAGAAAAGUAGUGCCAUUUUCGGAACAAGUCAGACAAUUUGGAACAGUUCGUAAAGCUUAUAAAAAAGUACUAGGUGGUGUUGCUGCAGAGAAAAGACUCUCAAACUCACUCUUUCUCAUCAGUGUUGGAAGCAAUGACCUCUUCGAACAUUUCAUCUUCAACUACAAUCGAUCUGACCCCAAAGCACAGCAAACCUUUAUCAACAGUCUUCUCACUUCUUAUGAAAAUCAUCUAAGGACACUGUUGAAGCUUGGAGCAAGGAGAUUUGGUGUAGUUGGUCUAGGGCCAAUAGGGUGUUGCCCACUUCUACGUGUUAAGAAUGGAAAUGGUGAGUGUUUCGAAGUUGUGAAUCAAUAUGCACGUAUAUUCACUCAUGGGAUUGAAGACCUCUUGCGUAAACUCAGUUCAGACAAAUCUCAGCACACAAUGAAAUAUACUAUUGCAAAGGCAUUCGAUUUGACUUUGACUCUCAUCAACGACCCUACUCCAUACAGUUGUGUAGGUUUUAAAGAUGCAAAAAGUGCUUGCUGUGGUGGUGGAGGGAAACUCAAUGCAGAAAAGCCAUGCAAGCCAAAUUCUAUGGUAUGUGAAGAUCGAAAAAGCAUGCUGUUCUGGGACCAGUUUCAUCCCACUGAGGCAGCUUAUAAGCUUGCUGCUAUGGCUCUCUUUGGUGGUGGUGAACACAAUGUUGAGCCCAUCAAUAUUGGUCAAUUAGCUGGUCUUCGCAUCUAACUAAAUUAUAUAUGAGUAAUGAUACGUGCACCCAAAAUAUACACUCAAACAUUACACACAGUGAUGUGGCAGUUUAGCCUAGC